AUGUCGGGCGAUGGGCUGUGCGGAGCGUGGAGCGCAGUGUCCGAGCGGCGGCGGCCGCGGCGGCGGCGGCGAGGCGGGGAGGAGCACGACCAGCUCGGGGCGCUGCAGCGACGGAUCCGGGAGGCCCGGGAGAAACUGCUGAUGUCAGACUUCUGGGAGGCGACAAAGGGGUCCGUGAGCCAGUGCCUCCGGAGGCAGCGGGAACAGAUCCAGGGAACGGCGAGGCCCGUCGCGGAAAUCCUGGGCGGCCUCUGCCUGGCGCCGGCGGAGCCGGGUGUCCCGGGUGCGAGCCCCGAGGCCGAGCCGCCUCCGAGCCCGUCCGCCCGCAAGUGCGUGUGCUACGGCCUCGGCAACUUCGCGUCCUGUGUAACUGCCCGCUUCCAGCUGGCCUUUCUGCUGCUGCUCCUGGAACACGUGCAGAUCCCGAGGAAUCACUGCUCCGUCUUCGAUCCCGCGUUUUCCCCGCUGGAAAUCGCCGUCCUUGACGGCCUGGGUGUCACCGUGCUCCAGGAGAACGAGGAAGGAAAGCGCAGCGUGGGAGACGAGUCCACCCUCUUCUACAUGGUCCACUGCGGGACGGCUCUAUACAACAACCUGCUGUGGAGCAACUGGUCCGUCGACGCCCUGGCCAGGACGGUCAUCGUCGGGAACAGCUUCGGCGGGAUCCGGGAGCGGUUAGCCACGCGCAUCUUCCUGCGAGACUACCCCUACAUGGCCAAGAUCUUAAAAGGAACGGAAGAAGUGGCCUUCCCCCAGACCCCCGACUACAUGGACGUUUUUAAUGACACUUCCCUCCACUGGUUCCCGGUGCCCAAACUGAAAGAGCUGCCGCUGCAGGUGUGGCUCUUCCGGGAGGAACCGGACUACAGGGACUGUGACCAGCUGGAGAUCAUCAGGAGGCGGGAAGGCCCGGGGAGCGCAGCGCCCACCGACGGGCUUGCGAUCCACUGAGGCAACCCCCCCGGCCCUCCGCCCACCCCUGCCGCCCUCAUCUCUGGCACCGCGUAGCUACGAGAUGCCCUAGGCCCGCCCUCCGAUCCGUCAAUAGCAUCCCUUGAGCGGUGCCGACUCCAGGUAGGUCAUCGGACUAAGUAGAGGGGGUAGCACGAUCCCUGCCCGCGGGGACCUGACGGGUCGGCGCAGGAACCGGACGUGAGGAGGAGAAGUGACAGAGGAGCGGCUGAAAAGGAACCCCGGUGUUCUGGGGCUGGAUGAGGGCUGACCGUCCGAGGGCUUGAGGGGAACAGGCCUAAUGCGCGCAGGCGAUGGAGAAGGGAGGGAGGACCCGGCUGCCUGGAGGAGUUGGGAAACUGGUGCCAGUCUGUGGGAGGGGGUGGUGAGGGAGUAAACUGGACAAAAAGCCCAGAAUUCCUCUGGCCCGCUCAACAGCUUCUGCCCUGUUAUUUAGGGUUCUCAGGUGAUGUGACCUUUUGCAUAAUCACAAUAUUAAAAAAUAAAAAUCACGCCAGUCCAUCUUAGGUGCUCACUACAUCCCAAGACGGGGGACGGGGGGGAGAAUGAUCCGACACGACCCACCCCCGCAACCCGGGGUGUCCCAUC